AUGCCUAUGUAUGGAUUAGUAGGAUGGAUGGUUCUGAUAUUGUGUAAAAUAGCCAAUGGACAGCAGGCUUAUAUUGAUGAUUUAAAAAGAAACCAGAUGGAAGAUAUGCGGAUGCUGAUGUAUCAAAAAAUACAAAACAAUGCAACACUAAUGAAUGCCUUUAAGGAGAGAGUCAAACUUUCCAGUGAAAUGCCAACCAAAUCUGUAAAGUUUAACUGUCCCAUGUUAAAGUCACCUGUAAAACCAACCUCAGUGCAUAGUUUAAGGCCAGGAGAUAUAGACAUAGUUGCUGCAAUGGGGGACUCCAUUACUGCAGGGACAGGCAUCUCUGCCAAAACCUUACCUGAAAUGCUCAUACAAUACAGAGGACAGUCUUUUAGUAUAGGGGGAGAUGAGGACAUACACAAGGUCUCCACAUUACCCAAUAUCUUAAAGUAUUACAACCAAAAACUCUUGGGGUAUUCCCAGGGAGAUGGCACGGUGGACAGCUAUAAUGCACAUCUAAAUUUAGCUGUGCCAGGAAACGAAGCACAUGAUAUGCCAGGCCAGGCCAGGGAUCUGGUUGAUAAAUUGAGGAGAGAGCAAGGUGUUGACUAUGAUAAUGACUGGAAGAUGAUCACACUCUUCAUUGGAGGAAAUGACCUCUGUGCAGUAUGUGAUGAUUAUGACACAUACAGUGCUACAAACUACAUCAACUAUAUACAAGAGGCACUAGAUAUAUUACAUGCCGAGGUUCCUAGAGCAUUUGUCAACAUGGUGGAGGUCCUUGAUGUAGGCCUCCUUGAAGAGCUUAAUGAUGGUCUAAUAUGUUCUGCUCUGCAUACGGUAGAGUGUCACUGUGCAGCUUUUCCUCCCAGUGGGGAUGGUUACAAGAGGUUUAUGGAGGAGAUAGAAGACUACCAGAGAUUAACUGAGGACCUGGUAAAAGGUGGACGCUAUGAUACUAAAGAUGACUUCACUGUUGUUGUACAACCAUUCCUCAAGUACACUAAGCCACCAAGAAAUGAUGAUGGAAGUCCAGACAUGAGUUUCUUUGCACCCGAUUGCUUCCACUUCAGCCACAAAGGCCAUGCAGCAGCAGCUGAAGCCCUCUGGAAUAGCAUGUUGGAGCCACUGGGACUUAAGAGAACUGAGUGGAGACUAGGAGAACCCUUAGAGUGCCCUAGUGAGGAAAGUCCGUAUUUUGCUACAUCUAAAAACCGUUUCACAAAUGUUCCAAAACUAGAUCGUGAGUCUGGCAAUACUCCAACUCCUUCCCUUGGCAAUGGUGUGUUUGUUGCUGUCACCAUAGGAACCUGCAUGACUCUAGGAGUUGUAGUUUUAGCAGCAACAGUGUACACAAUUAAGAGACGAUCUGGCAGGUCCAACGAAGAGACCAUUGGACUUGUAAGAGACCAUAGAUCCUUUACCUAUACUACAUAAUGGACUCCUUUGUUACUGAUCUUUGAUGAAUAUACUGUAGUAGUAUCUUCACGGAGCGGUAUCCAAACUGCGUGCAUACCAUGUCUCAUGCUCAUCUGAUUUAAUACGAAUUAUUUUGUAUUUUACAGGUUGGUCAAAAUACUGGAAACCCUAGUACCGUUUUCCUAAUAUCUUUGUCAUUUUAAAAA